AAGAAUCUUUCAAGUUGUUUUACACCGUGGUUUUUAAAUGAUAAGCUUGAUUUCCCCUUUAUUAGGACUACAUUUUCUUUUUAGAUUAACCACAGGAAAGAUAACUCUUGCACAUGUACUCACAAUUUCGUUUCUAACAUAAAGCUCUUUACUUGGAACUUUUUGAAUGCUAACUACAGAAUGACUGUGAAGAAAUAAAGGGUUGCAGAUUAGAAGCUCCAGUACACAAUGUUUUCCAAAGGGAAAGCACAAUUAUGCCAAACAUUGUAUAACAUUAACAACGAGUUUGGUAGCUAAAAAAUUUCAGCGCAGAGAUGUUCAUAUGCUGUUACGUACUGAUUAAUGGAAGUGACCAUCACAAAAUAAAAAUAACGUCAUUUAAGUUAUGGUAGCUAAAUCUGUGACUCUAGUGACACCCUUAAUUUGAUAUUCCAAAUCAGAGUCACAUGCAGUGCCUAUCAAAAUUUGACGUAAUGGAGGUAAUUUUCAGUAAAAGAUAAUGGAUGACAUUCUGGUAGAGAUUGUAUGUCGAGUUCCGACACAUGAGUCCAAGACAUUUAGUGUGGCCACACCGGAGAGGAAUACUGUAGCCGGAGUUAUAAGAAAGGUGUGUAAAGAGAAUGGUAUCCCAAUGAAAACAAGUUAUGCGCUGCUAGACAGACGGGAAAGAGUGUUACAAUGGUCUCAGACACUUCUUCACUGUGGUGUCAAACACAAUGAUGUACUGUAUCUCACAAAUGAAGAUGAAGAUGUUCAAGUACACAACGGUUGUUCCUGGAACAGUUGGUGGUUUGUUGCAGCUAUUAGCUUACUGAUUGGUGGUGUUGGAAUCACUGCAAUAACCAUACUCUACACCAAAAAUGGGGAAACUCAAUAUCAGUAUGGUGUAGUUCUUGAUGCAGGAUCAUCUCAUACAAAAUUGUUUGUAUAUAAAUGGGAUGGUGAGAAGUUACACGAAACUGCUGAGGCUAGACAGGUCCACACUUGUACAGUACCAGACAGUGGUAUCACCUCAUACAUCAGCCAUCCAGGAAACUUGUCGGGGCCUCUAAGUGUGUGCUUAGAGGAGGCCAAGCAACACGUACCGUACGAUAAUCGACAGGACACGCAAAUAUUCCUGGGGGCUACAGCCGGCAUGAGGAUGCUUAAUGAGACAGAUCCUGUAACAAGUAACGAAAUACUGAACAAAGUCCAGGACACAAUAAAGAAGUUUCCAUUUAGUUUUAAAACUCCAUCGACACAGGCUCGAAUCAUCUCAGGCAAGGAAGAAGGGACAUUCGGUUGGAUUACAGCUAAUUAUAUAUCUGGAAAACUUGGAGUGGUUCCAAAGCUUUCUGUAUAUGCUGAGCCAUCAUCACCUGAGGCUACCAUAGGAGCCCUGGACAUGGGCGGGGCUUCCACCCAGAUCACUUUCUAUAGUGGAAAACACGAAGAGAUAUUACCACAGUAUAAGGAGGAUCUUGAACUAUAUGGGAAAAACUACUCUGUUUAUACACACAGUUAUUUGUGUUAUGGCAUUAAUGAAGCUGUCAGGCGGUACCAGGCGCAACUUGUUAAGAAUCAAGGCUAUAAUGAGACAAAUAUAACAAAUCCAUGUGGGCCGAAAGGAUACAUCACAGAAAUAAUGUCCAGGGAUAUAUUCGAGGCUCCUUGUGUGUACAGAUACACCAAUCAGUUUUUACAAAUACAUCAGCUUAGAGAUACAUUUAACGCAACUAACUACACGUUUAUAGGUACAGGGGAUGAGGAGGAGUGUAAAUCUACAGUUAAGAUGUUGUACAAUUUUAAUGCUACAUGUCCACAAGAACCAUGCACAGUUAAUGGGACUUAUCAGCCACCUGUACAGGGAAAUUUUUAUGCUUUCUCAAGUUUCUUCUAUGAAAUGGAUUUUCUUAAUUUAACAAGGAAAAAAGCAUCAUUGAAGACAUUUACCACAGAGUUAUCAAAGCUAUGUAACACUUCAUGGGAAGAGGUAUCCCAUAUGCCAGCAGGUAACAACGGCAGCAUGUUGGGUUGGUACUGUUUUGAAGGACAUUUUAUAAGAACAUUACUUGUUGAUGCAUACAAAUUUGACAACAUUACCUGGGAGAAUAUAAAUUUUGUGAAAAAGAUAAAUAAUACUGACAUUGGCUGGACACUUGGGUACAUGUUGAACUCCAGUAAUGUAAUUCCAGUUGUAGGCCCGGAACAUUUUAUCACAACUACAGCUUUCUCAUCUCUGACUGUCUUGUUUGCAAUAUUUAUAUUAUUAUCAGUCGGGUUUGGAUGUUAUGCAAGGAAACACCAGCAAGAAAAGACUCUUGGAUUGUAUGAAAGGGUGCCAACUUAUGGAGCUGUUUAAUAUAAGGUUAUUCUUGGUUUUUGAAAUGGUAGAAAGGUACAGAAAGCAGAUAUUUAUGGAUUUAACAGAAUAUAAAAUAUUAAAGACAUGAAAAAGUGUUGUGUACAUUUUGGCACAUAUUAAUGAGAAUGCCUGGCACUUGUUUUGUCAUCUGACAGCAUCUGUUAUAGAAAUGAUAUUUUUAUACCCACUUUGAAGAAGGUAGUGAAUAUUGGCUCACGGAUAUUCGUAGGUUACAAGUCUAGUCUGUAAGAUGGUAAAUUCGUUUCUGAUCAAUAUUGCCUACAGCAACCAAACUUCGUAGGUUGAAUUUGUCCUUUGUUGUUUUGAGAAUUGAUAGCUGCUGGUCAAAUUCACAGUGACCUUGAGGCUGAAAAUCUAUUUCCGAAGAAUGCUUGCGAUUACAGCAGCCAGACUUCAUAAGAUGGUGCUUUGAGUAGAUAAUUUGUUGGGGCCAGUACAACAAAGGCCAAGACCACCAUGGUCUCAAUACUGAAAAUGGUUUUCAAUCAAGUAUAAACUGAAGAAGAAGAAAGCUAAGAUUGACAACCUUCAAACUUCAAAGAGUGAUUUUGUGUGAUAAGUUAAUGGCCGCCUAAGUUUUUGAGAUCAGUAGGUCAAGUUCGAGGUAACAGUGACCUUUAAAUUUAAAUCAAAUUACAUUCACAGUUACCUCUGACUAACCAUCAUUGGCAGCAUAUUUGUUGUAUGAUGCACUAGAUAGUCUUACUUUAAACCAUCCAUAGCAAUAAAUAUAUUAGGUAUUGAUGUAAAUUGCCCUUUCAACUCAUCUAGUCGUCUUUCUACAAAGUUAUGCCCAUUUUUAGACUUGCAUUUCGGUAACCACUGGUAGGAAUGGAUUGAAACUUCACAGACUUGUUCAUUGAGAUGAUAUUGCUUGCAAUGUACAGGUCUCGUAACUGUUUCACGAAGUUAUGCCCCCGUUUUCUACUUGGUAUCUGUUAUCUCUUUCGACUGAAAAAUUGUUGAAAAAGACUUUAAGCCCGAACAGACACACACACUCUGUUAUCUCUUUCAGCAUUUUAAGAGUGGAAAGUUCUUUGACCCAUUCUUCUUGUGUAUGUCUAUGGUUUAAUUAUUGUAACUUUUUUAUUGAAAAGGUUUUUGAAAAACAGAGCAUUGCUGUCGUCCAGCAGCUCUUCUGAAUUGCCUAAGUCAGGUUAAGAACUUUGGAUUCUGGAAUAUACAAUGUACUAUAGAUUUGCCGAAACAGGUCAUUAGCAAAAAUCAAAGUGAUAGUCGGACGUACCUUAGAAUAGGGCAGUAUAGCAUGAUGCUGUACAUAGUAACAUUCUAUUAUAAUGUUUUGUAGUAUGAAUAUGGUAAUGAUUAAAUGUCUCAAGUUACAGCUGUGUAAAGAUUGAAAUUAAAUCUACAAGAAGUGACAAAAGUGACCAAACAAAAUAAUAUCAGACUUGGUUUCAUUUGUUUAUGAGUGGUUAUGAAGCAAUAUCUUUUUAAAUGUGCACAUACUGUACAGCCACCCAAGCGUAUUUGUACGUCUGUCUUCAUUGAUAAGACUGAAUACUGACCACGACCAAAAUUUGUACAUAGUUUUUAUUAUUCUCUGAUUAAAAUACAACAUUUAGUUCAUCCUCCACUUUCAGUGCUGAAACUUGCUGUUUGCAUGCACAUGUGAGCAAAUUGAACAGUGUAAUGUUAAAAUGAUAUCGAAAAAUAGCAUUAAAAUGAUACUGAACACUGCAUUUGUAAAUCGGCCAGUUUGACAUGUUUCAGUAUUCACACUGGAUUAUAAUAUUUUGUGAUGUAAAUACAUUAAAAACUGAUGGGCAUUCAUAGGCUAUCAAAAACGAUGUAAAUACUUUAAAAUACCCAGUAAAUACUUCAGUUGUGUAACAAAAUGUAAGAAUUUCAUGAAAUGUUUUAUCUAUUCAGACAUUUCUUGAGAGAAAAAAGCUAUUUGAUACAAAGACAUAGCAAAGUGAGUUUUUGACAAUACUAUCUAUAAGACAGGAGUAAUGAGGUAUGUUUUGGAAAUGCUUAAGACUUUGAAAUAUUUUUCAUAACUUAAUGUAAUUGAAGUUUGAUAGGUUACUUGUUAGCUUAUUAUGUCUCCCACACCACUGUGGUGGGAGACAUUGAUUUACUCCUGUCUGUGUGUGUGUGUACGUGUGUCUGUCUGUCACAAAUCUUGUAUGUGCUCUAAGUCGAACAGUUCUCAUCCGAUCUUCACAAAACUUGUGUUUGCCAAUAAGUCCUCUGCCAAGUUCGAUAACUAGCCAAUUAGGCCUAGGCACUUCGGAAUUAUGACCCUUGCAUUACCGAAAAUACUGAUGCCAGUGAUACAGGUCUUGGUGCAUGGUUGACUCAGAUACACAUAAUGGAGAAGAAGUGCCAAUCUAGAUGAUUAGGCUUUUGUGGGAGACAUGCGCUUUUUUCAAAAGAAGCUCUGGUUUUCAUAGAUUCUACAGUUAAUGUACCAUUAAAUUUUUAUAGUUGAACCAUUCCAUAAUCAUGUUAAAGUUAUAUGUUAAAUAAUUUGGUGACGUGCAAAGGCUUGUCUAGAAAUAUGCUUGUUGUUAUAUAUUCUGUAUUUUAUAUGUCCCUUAAAUGCAAUUAAGUCAGUCACCAUGUGUAAUCACUAGAUGUGUAAAGUUGCUUGUAUUUACUUAAGUGAGUAUAUAUAUUAUCAACAAAACAUAUUUUGUAUAUAUUUUAACAGCACUUGUUAAUGUAAGAAUAUAUAUUUUGUUAAUAUGUCUUAUAUAAUACACUAAAUGCAAUUUGGUGCAACUCAUUUUUAUCCACUUUUCCAUAUUUUGUUGCAGAUUGUUAGCUCACCAGAGCCAAAGGCUCAGUGUGAGCUAUUCUGAUCGUUCACCGUCCGGCGUCCGGCCAUAAACUUUUAUUUUAAACGGCAUCUCCUCAUAAACCGCUAGGCCAAUUUCAUCCAAACUUCACAGGAAUGUUUCUUGGGUGAAGCUCUACAAAAAUUGUUCAAAGAAUUGAAUUCCAUGCAGAACUCUGGUUGCCAUGGCAACCGAAAAACUUUAAAAAUCUUCUUCUCAAAAACCAGAAGCCUAGAGCUUAGAUAUUUGGUGUGAAGCAUUGCCUAGUGGACCUCUACCAAAUUUGUUCAAAUCAUGACCCCAGGGGUCACUUGAUUUUACAUAGGAAAAUUUAAAAAAUCUUCUUCUCAAAAACCAGAAGCCCUAGAGCUUAGAUAUUUGACAUGUAGCAUUGCCUAGUGGACCUCAACUAAAGUUGCUCAGAUCAUGACCCCGGGGUCAAAAUAGACCCCGCCCCAGAGGUCACUUGAUUUUACAUAAAUUUCUAUAGGAAAAUCUUCAAAAAAUUUUAAAAAAUAAUCCAGAAGCCCUAGAGCUAAGAUAUUUGACAUGUAGCAUUGCCUAGUGGACCUCAACUAAAGUUGUUCAAAUCAUGACCCCGGGGUCAAAAUUUACCCCGGCCCAGGGGUCACUUGAUUUGACAUAGGAAAAUCUUCAAAAUUUUUCUAAAAAUAAACCAAAAGGCCUAGAGCUUAGAUAUUUCACAUAUAGCAUUGCCUAGUGGACCUCUACAAAAUUUGUUCAAAUCCUGAACCCCGGGGUCAAAAUUGACCCCGCCCCAGGUGUUUGAAGCUGAAGGAUAAUUAAAGUUAUUGUUCGGAGAAUAUGAAUACAUUAUACAGGGUUGCCACUUACCUUGAAAAGUCAGGGGGGAAAAAUUUUUUUUCAAGGUCAGUGAAUUGUCAGGGAAAUCUUGAUAAUAGUCAGUGAAAAAUGAAGUUUUAGAAAAGUCAGGGAAAAAUGAAAUUCUGGGUCAACGUUUGGAAUGUUCAUUGACUAUGGCAGUCCUCAAGGAGUAUUUAUAAGUAUUUCCAAACACAUUUUGGUGUAAAUGUGUAUAAACACGUGUUUAAAUCAAUUUCGUUUUUGUGUUAACUUUGGAAUUUUGAAGACUGAAAGGCUUUGCAAUCCUUGCUUUCAGAGCAUAAAUAUAAAAGGGUUGAUUGGACGGCUGUAGGGGAGUAGGCGGCGGAAAAAAUAUGGUGGUAUUGGUCAGAGGGAAGUAUGGUUAAGUCAGGAAAAAGUCAGGGAAUUUCACUUUUAUACGCCUGAAGGGACGUAUUAUGUUAUGACGCCAGUGUCCAUCUGCCUGACCGUUAGCAAUUUCAUGUCCGCUCUGUAACUCUUUAACCCCUUGUAGAAUUUUAAAGAAACUUGAUACAAAUGUUCACCACAUUGAGACGACGUGCAGAACGCAUGUUUUGGAUGGCUCGCUUCAAGGUCAAGGACACAGGGGUCAAAGGUCAUAUGACUUUGUUUCAUGUCCGUUCUGUAACUCUUUAACUGCUGGAAGAAUUUUAAAGAAACUUGGCACAAAUGUUCACCACAUCGAGACGACGUGCAGAGCGAAUGUUUUGGAUGCCUUGCUUCAAGGUCAAGGACACACUUAGGGGUCAAAGGUCAUAUGACUGUUUCGUGUCCGUUCUGUAACUCUUGAACUGCUUGAAGGGUUUUAAAGAAACUUGGCACACAUGUUCACCACAUCGAGACGACGUGCAGAGCGCAUGUUUCGGAUGGCUCGCUUCAAGGUCAAGGUCACACGUUGGGGUCAAAGGUCAUACCUUCGUGCGUAUAGUGCUCCGCAUUGCACACGUUGGGGUCAAAGGUCAUACCUUCCUGCAUAUAUUGCUCCACAUUGCGGUGCUCUUGUCACAACUAAGUGGCAUCCCUGUUAUAUCAUUUGUUAAUAGCCACAUGUAGAUUUUGAAGUUCUAAAGUAACAUGAUUUAUAUGAUGACCAAUAUAUUAUCUUCUGUCUUUGAGCCUGCCGUUACUCUGAAAUAUUGUUAAAAACAGCGCUAUACCUAAAAUAAAACUGUCAUGAGUUGUACAUGAUUUACGUGAUGACCGAUAUAUUGUCUUCACUGGGUUAGUUGUACAUGAUUUACAUGGUGAUCGAUAUUUUAUUUCGUUGAAUUGUACGUGAUGACCGAUAUAUUACCCACUGUCACCGUGUUGUACAUGAUUUACGUGAUUACAAAAUGUUAUCUUCUGUCUUUGAGUUGCUCAUGAUUUACUUGGUGACCAGUUUUUUAUCUUCGUCGAGUUGUACAUGAUUUACUUGGUGACCAGUUUAUCUUCGUUGAGUUGUACAUGAUUUACUUGAUUACCGAUGAAUUAUCUUCUGUCAUUGAGUUGUACAUGAUUUUCUUGAUUACAAAGAAAUUAUCAGUCAUUGAGUUGCUCAUGAUUUACGUGAUGACCGAGAUAUUAUUAACUGUCUAUUAUUUAUCAAGUUUUAUGACAUUAAUACUCUUAUAAUUUGUGAUGGUUAUAUUAGAUGCAAUUUGUACUUGUGCUUGAUAAUACAUACAGUCAGUUUUAUAAACAGUUUAACGUUGAAUAAAGAUUUUAUAAAGUUC